AGCAGUUAGCUGACGACUCGGCUAGUUAUCCAACGUGAAGGUUCGGACGGCGUAGGCCGGUUCGGGAGCUGUGGGUCAUGUACCGGCGGCCGCUGCAGUCCGCCGUCAGAACCGUCCUAAAUGUGACCGCGACCAGAACCGCCUGCGGGAAGGUUAGCAACGUUAGCUUAGCCGGCUAACUAGCCAGCACGUAACUCCACAUUUAAUUAGGCCAUGCUUUCACACGUAAAUGUCAUGUUUUAUAAUCUGAUUUAUCCCUUGAGGGGAUUACUUUCAAACACUAAAACUAAUGCGUCACGCCAGUUAAUCAUCUUAAUCUUUGAGGAUCUUCUCAAAGGCGCCUGCCGUGGUCAAGUAUAAUCACAGCAAGACGAAAUGUUGACGUGCAGUAUCAUGCCUGUGAUCUAUCUAAUCACAUCAACCAUUUCAUGCAUACCUCUCGUUAUCAACUCUAAUCUCACUUACCCAAAUGGAAGUUACAUUCACUUUUGUCUGUAUAUAUGAUGCUAUCCUUAUUGCUUUACAUUGACGGAGUUAGGAAUUAUUGUUUUAGAUUGACAUAAGACAAAAGCUGGAGAGCAAUCAUGGAUUUAAUUCAACAAUACAACAUCCAUCCAUCCAUUUUGUAUGCCGCUUCUCCUCAUUAGGGUCGCGGGCGUAUGCUGGAGCCUAUCCCAGCUGACUUCGGGUGACAAGCGGGGUACUUUAUUAUUAUUAUUGUUAGUAUAGCAACUCAACUCAAUUACAUUUUUAACACUUGUAGCUUUCGGCAUAUGGAAAAUAUAAGUAUUUGUUGUCCUGAGCUGUUAAAAAGCUGUUGUUGGUGAAAAAAGUUAGUUGGAAAAUUAAAAACAGCUGUAAUUUGAAGAGAAUAAAGUCAAAAUAUUAAGAGAAAAAAGGUUGUAAUUUCCCAAGAACAAACUCGCAAUAUUAUGAGGGAAAAUAAUGUCAUUUUGGUCGCAUAGAGCAGGGGUCCCAAUCACUGGGAAACUUAAAACAAAUUUUUAAAAAUAAAUUUGCAAAAAACUAUCGGAUUUUAUGUAAAUUGACAUCAUUUUUGGAAAUAUGGGCCAUUGUGUCAUUCAAAAAGUAAUAUACAGUUUUUGCAUGUUUAUGCGAGCGCCGACCCGUUCCACUUUUGUUCAACAGUCCCAUCUGAUUUCUCCCACGCCGCAUGGAGAUUUAUUUUUCCCCUUUUUGUUUCACCUCAUAUUUGGUCCCAAAUGUUGAUACUAUGUGGGACUGCGUAAAGAUUUUCCAGGGUUUCCAAAUGUCCGUCAGCAGGCCUUCGCCAGUGCGCUUGAUGACAUCCUGUCGCAUGCUGCACCUGAGCACACAGGUGUGCAGCGUGAAGGAGACGCCGCAGCACACAGAGGAGGAAGUGGGAGCCUUCACUAAGCUGAUUGAGGCCAUGGGCUUCACGGGACCCCUCAAGUACAACAAAUGGAAAAUCAAAAUCGCCGCCCUGCGCAUGUACACGUGCUGCGUGGAAAGGAUAAACUACGACGACUUCUUCCAGCGGUGCUCGCUGCCAGACACGCUCAACUCUUGGUUCCUGGUUGCACAGCUGCACGUGUGGAUGUGUCUGGUGCGGAUGCGGCAGGAAGGCCGAGCAGGAAAGUACAUGUGUCGCUACAUCGUGCAUUCCAUGUGGGAGGACGUGGAGCAGCGCAGUAAGAUCAUGGGGAUUGACGCCAUCCAUCGAAAGGAAGUGCUCAAAGCCAUGACGGAAACAUUCUACGCUGCCUUGUUUGGAUACGACGAGGGCAUCCUGUCAGGUGACAGCGUGCUGGCAGCCGCUUUAUGGAGGAACUUAUUCAACUGUCAGUGUGAUGAGCCCGCCCAGCUGGAGCUCAUGGUGGAAUACGUGCGCAAACAGAUGCAGUACAUCGACACUCUGGAUGGAGAAGACCUGCUGCUGACUGGGGAAGUCAAGUGGCGCCCGCUUGUGGAGGAGAAUGCUCAGAGCAUCUUAAAGGUGGCCACGCCCACAUACAACGACACUGGACUGUGACUGCCUGUCUGUCUUUGUGCACCUGGAGGACAGGCGGAGGUGGGGGGUGAUGUCACGGCUAUUGUGGCUGACCUGUCGGGUUUGAGGGCCUCGGCCAUUUCCUGUUUGCAAAGUGGCUCAUUCAAGGGAAAGGUGUUUUAUUUUUCACAUGUAGAAACUAUAAGCACUUCCACGUCUACGCCAGCAGAAGCACUGCUCUUUCAUCUAGUUGACUCAAUGGCACUCCCACAGAAAGUUGGAUGCAAUCACAUUGUUUUUCAUAACAAUAGAAUUAAAAUGUAUGAAACUA